AGAGAGAGAGAGAGAGAGAGAGAGAGAAAAGACCGGCAACUCUUCCUCCUGGCAGACACUUGGAUCAGUAUCUCAGAAUCGUAGAGAUUACCGCGAGAGAUGCCAGGCCUCCUCCAGCUCUUCGUCGCCCUGGGCUUCACGUGGGCCUUCUCUGCGGCGUUUGCCAUACCCGUGCCCGGAGACGACGACCUCCGCUCUGCUGUGGCCGUGUCGAAGUUGGUGUUGGCUCAGCAGGCGGUGUUCUUCCGGGAGCUGAUCAACGCCACGCGGGAACGGACGAACGGUUGUGCACCUCAUGUUCGGUCGGAAAUGAGUGCUAGCUGUCCAUCACCAUUCGCCAACAUUAUGGGAGAGUGUUUCUACCUCAGCAAGAUAUUACUCACGUGGGACCAAGCCCGCACGCACUGCCUGGGUAUGGGGGCCGACCUCGCCGUGCCAAGACACCUGUACGGCCUCAAGUCCUAUGUUGUUGGCCAAAACGGUCCCACUGCAUCCUGGGUCGGUGCCCAAGAAAUUGAAAUGGAAGAGCCUGAAGCCACAGACGUCGAAGCCAAAAACGAAGAAUCCCGUUGGCAGUGGGUGGAUGGUAGCGUGGUUGAUCCUGAGUUCUUCUUCUCCAAACCUCCCAACAGGAGACCCAACCAAAAAGUAUGCUUUGAACUCAGGAAGGACCGACACCCACCGCUCGAGUUCAAGACCUGCAAUGUUCCCCAAAAGUUUAUUUGUCAACUCUACUAGAGGGAUUGAUGUGGAUGAUGGAUUGUGAAGUAUUUGUGAAACUGAGGGACAACACGCAUCUUAUGUGAUGUAGCUGUAGGGUAUUUAUUGUAUCGUUAUAUAUUUAUUUACUGUAUAAUCAUAUAUUUAUUUACUGUGUAAUUAUAUAUUUAUUU